CAAAAAUAGAAAAAUGAAAAGAAAUUCUCCCAACAUUUCCUAUACAAAAAGAUCACUCUCUUUUUAUACAAGAAAUAAAGUCUCUCACACCACAUUAUAGAAUCCUAAAAAAAAAAGCCAUAUUAACAAAUAUAUCUCCCCUUACAAAAAAUCUCUCCCAAAGAACUAAAACACCACCACCACCACCACCAUGUCGGCCAAAGACUGCGGCCACCACGAUGAGGAACGUCACAAGCUACACCGCCGCCUAUUCGCCGCCUUAGUUGGCUUCAUAAUCUUAGUCCUCUUCAUCAUCCUUCUCAUUUUUCUAAUCCUUAGGCCAACAAAACCACAUUUUAUCCUCCAAGAUGCUACUAUAUAUUCUUUCAACAUUUCCUCACCUAAUCUCCUCACCACCAACUUCCAAAUCACCUUAGCCUCUCGUAACCCUAAUGACAAAAUAGGAAUUUACUAUGACAAACUUGAUGUCUAUGCAACUUACCGUGGCCAACAAAUUACUCUCCCUACACUUCUACCACAAUCAUAUCAAGGUCAUAAAGAUUUCACAAUAUGGUCACCUUUUGUGUAUGGUAACUCAGUCCCCGUCGCGCCGUACCUUAGUGAGAGUCUUAGUGAAGAUCAAAUGGCUGGAACUGUGUUGAUUAAUGUUAAAGUUGAUGGAAGAGUUAGAUGGAAAGUUGGAACAUUUGUCUCAGGGAAGUAUCAUUUGAAUGUCAAUUGUCCAGCUUAUGUUGGUGGUAAAAUGAUUGGAAACAGUAUUGCUGUUGGUUCAGCUAUGAAGUAUCAAUUGGUACAAAAUUGUCAUGUUGAUGUUUAAUUUGUGGAACUAACAAUGUCAUGGAUAUUGACAUCUUAAGAAUGAUGCUCUCUCACUCUCUACUCCUCACCCCCCCCCCCC